ACUGGAGACAAAUGUUAGGGCAGUAUCGCAAUUCAGCGUAAAAUUUGGGGUCAUUUUGAAAACAAAAAAAACUAUGGGGGGUCGGAGCUUCGACUGUGAUUUGUCUCGUCUUUCUUGAGAUUGAGAUGGUCCGGGGGAGUGAGGAUGUGGAGGCGUCGGAGCUUCCAUGGCCCUGCGGCUCUUCGAUUUCAAGCCGGUAGUUAUCAUCAAGUUGUCGCUCCUCUGCUUCGCAAUCACACUCAGGUAUGCAAUUUCGCAUCUGCUGCCGGAGCUGUCAAGCACGAAAUUGAGAGGCCGAGAACCCUCGAUGAGGCCCAGAAUUGCUUCCAUAGCAUGACUCUCAUGCAGCCUCCGCCUCAUGUUUUUGAGUUCUGCCGUCUCUUGGGAGCGGUUGUCAGGAUGAGACACUACUCCUCUGCGAUUGGUUUGAUCGAACGCAUGGAUGUGUUAGGGCUCGCCUGCCAUAUCUCUGUCUGGAAUAUCUUUAUAAAUUGCCUCUGCCAUCUCAAGGAAGUGGAUCUCGGUUUCUCUGCUUUGGCUAAACUGAUCAAGCUUGGGCUUCGACCGGACUCCGUCACCCUAAAUACUCUGGUCAAUGGGCUUUGUUCCAAGGGUGUGAUUUCUAAAGCAGUGAUGCUUGCCGAUGAGAUGUCGAGCAUUGGGUUCGAGCCCGACUCAUUCACUUGCGCAACAAUUAUAAAGGGUUUGGUGAGGACUGGCAAGACCGACCUUGCCGUCGGAUUGAUGGGCAAGUGGGAGAAAGUGAGCGGCAGGCUGAAGGCAUUUGCUUAUAACACAGCCAUUGAUGGCUUAUGCAAGCAGGGACGAGUGAUAGAGGCUUUCAGCCUCUUAAACAGGAUGGUCCAAAGAGGCAUUCAACCCGACAUUGUCACUUAUAACUCUCUUAUUCACGGUCUUUGUUGUGCGGUCCAGUGGAAACAGGCUGUCCUCCUGUCAUAUAAGAUGCGCGGUAAGGAUUUUGCACCAAAUCUGUUGACUUAUAACUCCUUGCUGCAUGGCGUAUGCCAGCUAGGUCGAUGGAGAGAAGCCAGCACUCUGUUGAAACAAAUGGUGGCGGAGGAGAUCCAACCAGAUGUCGUUACUUAUAACACUCUGAUUCGGGCUCAGUGCAACAUGGGGCAAUGGCAUGAGGUCCAUAGACUGUUUCAGGAGAUGGUGCAGAGGGGAAUACUUCCGAACGUAAUUACAUUCAGUAUUUUGGUGGAUGCAUUCUGUAAAGAAGGGGAACUUUCGGAAGCAGAACGCGUCUUCGAAAUGAUGGCCCAGAAAGGUGUGGAGCCCGAUGUAGUCACAUACAAUUCAAUAAUUGAUGGCUAUUGCCUUCAUAAUCGCGUGGAUGAUGCUGCUAAGCUAUUCGGCCUGAUGCUUGAACGGAAUUAUGCUGCUAAUGUUGUCACUUAUAAUGCAUUGAUCAAUGGAUAUUGCAAGUCCAAACAAAUCCAUAAAGCGUGGCUUCUAUAUCAAGAAAUGCUUGGCAAGGGUUUGAUUCCUGAUGUGGCGACGCACACUACUCUCAUCGGGGGCUUCUGCCUGGUUGGCAAUUUUCAUGCUGCAGAGCUACUAUUUGACAAGAUGCAUGCUUAUGGGCAACCUCCAAACGUCCAAAGUUACGCCACUAUGUUAGAUGGCUUGUGUAAAGCAAAACAAGUAGACAAGGCAAUUGCGAUGUUCCAGCAAAUGGAGAAUCAUAAGUUGGAGCCUGACAUUGUGAUUUACAAUAUCCUCAUCAAUGGUCUAUGCAAUGCAGGGAAGCUCGAACCUGCAAGAGAACUCUUCAAAGGUUUGUCUGCAAAAAAGGUGGAACCUGGUGUUGUCACUUUCAACACAUUGAUUAAUGGAUUGUGUAAUGAAGGUCAUAUAAGCGAAGCCUUCACAUUAUUUAAUGAGAUGGAAGGAAGGGGAUGUGUCCCGAAUUCAGGCACAUACAAUGUGUUGGUUAGAGGAUUUCUUAGAAAUGGCGACAAGUUAAGUGUGGAGCAGUUGCUACGAGAAAUGAAUCAGAAAGGUCUCGCUGCAGAUGCAUCAACAGCCGAACUCUUGCUUGAUCUAUUAUCAAAUGAUGCGUCGAUUCUAAAACUAGUACAUAAUAUUUAUCGAUACAGCAUUCGUUUCACAAAAAAUGAAACUUGUGCUCACCAGGGUAUUAGUGAUUUCGAGAAUGUUGAAGAGAAGGAUAAGUCCACUUUGCGAGGGUUUCGAUCUUACAGUCAAAAAGAGAAGCCUAGGAAUGUGGCAAAACUUGGCUGGGCAUUGAUGUUGCAAUGUGGAGCACGGGGGCUGGUGGACGUUCAUGAUGCUGCGAUGGAAGUGGAUCUCGGUUUCUCUGCUUGGGCUAAACUGAUAAAACUUGGGCUUCGACCGAAUUCCGUCACCCUGAGUACUCUGGUCAAUGGGCUUAGUUCAAAGGGUAUAAUUUCUAAAGCAGUGAUGCUUGCUGAUGAGAUGUUGAACUUUGGGUUCGAGCCCGAUCCAUUCACUUGCGCAACAAUUAUAAAGGGUUUUGCGAAGACUGGCAAGACCGACCUUGCCGUCAGACUGAUCGGCAAGGGGGAGAAAGUGAGCGGCAGGAUGGUCCAUAGAGGCAUUCAACCCGACAUUGUCACUUAUAACUCUCUUAUUCACGGUCUUUGUUGUGCGGUCCAGUGGAAACAGGCUGUCCUCCUGUCAUAUAAGAUGGGCGGUAAGGAUUUUGCACCAAGUCCGUUGACUUAUAACUCCUUGCUGCAUGGCGUAUGCCAACUGGGUCGGUGGAAAGAAGCCAACAUCCUGUUGAAACAAAUGGUGGCGAAGGAGAUCCAACCAGAUAGAGCUAGGAACUUCUGGGAGGGUCGACUUUUAUCUUCUCAAGCGGUGGAUGGGAGCAAGUGGAAGUGGAUUUCUAUACACUGGGUGAAGCCACUUGAAAAUUUUCUGAAGUUGAACACGGAUGGGGCUGUUCGAGAUUUGCAAGGAGUCGCUGGAGCGGGUGGCAUUCUGAGGAACUCCAGUGGAGGAUGGAUCAUCGGUUUCAUGCAGAGCUUGGGAUUCUCAACAGUGACAGUGGCAGAGCUCUAUGGAGUUUUAACGGGACCCGUGUCCGCCGUGUUUUCAGCCGCUGCAGAGGAGCAUUCGAAAUCUAUUGCAGAGGGAUUGGGAGCAUCACAUCACAUCACAUCACACGACCCAAAGGGAAGCUGUUUUGUUCUGUGUUCUCGGGGAGUAGAGGGCUCACUGUCCCAUGGGCAAAUGCAAGUGAAGAUGUGGAGGAGCCGGAGCUUCCGUGGCCCUGCGGCUCUUCGAUUUCGAUUUCGAGCUGGUAGUCAUCAUCAAGUUGUCGCUUCUCUGCUUCGGAAUCACCCUCAGGUAUGCAAUUUCACUGCUGCAGCCAGAGCUGUCAAGCACGAAAUUGAGAGGCCGAGAACCCUCGAUGAGGCCCAGAAUUGCUUCCAUAGCAUGACUCUCAUGCAGCCUCCGCCUAGUGUUUUUGAGUUCGCCCGUCUCUUGGGAGCGGUUGUCAGGAUGAGACACUACUCCUCUGCGAUUGGUUUGAUCGAACGCAUGGAUGUGUUAGGGCUCGCCUGCCAUAUCUCUAUCUGGAAUAUCUUUAUAAAUUGCCUCUGCCAUCUCAAGGAAGUGGAUCUCGGUUUCUCUGCUUUGGCUAAACUGAUAAAACUUGGGCUUCGACCGAACUCCGUCACCCUGAAUACUCUGGUCAAUGGGCUUUGUUCCAAGGGUAUAAUUUCAAAAGCAGUGAUGCUUGCCGAUGAGAUGUCGAGCAUUGGGUUCGAGCCCAACUCAGUCACCCGUGCAACAAUUAUAAAGGGUUUGGUGAGGACUGGCAAGACUGACCUUGCCGUCAGAUUGAUCGGCAAGUGGGAGAAAGUGAGCGGCAGGCUGGACGCAUUUGCUUAUAACACAGCCAUUGAUGGCUUAUGCAAGCAGGGACGAGUAAUAGAGGCUUUCAACCUCUUUAACAAAAUGGUUUUCCAAGGCAUUCAACCCGACAUUGUCACUUAUAACUCCCUCAUUCAUGGUCUUUGUUGUUCGAUCCAGUGGAAAGAGGCUGUCGUCCUGUCAUAUAAGAUGGGAGAUAAGGGUGUUCAACCAAAUUUAUUGACUUAUAACUCCUUGCUUCACGGUUUAUGCCAGCUAGGUCGAUGGAGAGAAGCCAACAUUCUGUUGAAACAAAUGGUGGCAGAGGAGAUCCAACCAAGUGUCGUUACUUACAACACUCUGAUUCGGGCUCAGUGCAACAUGGGGCAAUGGCAUGAGGUCCAUAGACUGUUUCAGGAGAUGGUGCAGAGGGGAAUACUUCCGAACGUAAAUACAUUCAAUAUUUUGGUGGAUGCAUUCUGUAAAGAAGGGAAACUUUCAGAAGCAGAGCGCGUCGUCGAAAUGAUGGCCCAGAAAGGUGUGGAGCCCAAUGUAGUCACAUACAAUUCACUGAUUGAUGGGUAUUGCCUUCAUAAUCGUAUGGUUGAUGCUGCUAAGUUAUUCGGUCUGAUGCUUGAACGGUAUUAUGCUCCCAAUGUAGUCACUUAUAAUGCAUUGAUCAAUGGAUAUUGCAAGUCCAAACAAAUCGAUAAAGCAUGGCUUCUAUAUCAAGAAAUGCUAGACAAGGGUCUGAUUCCUGAUGUGGUGACGCACACUACUCUCAUCGGGGGCUUCUGCCUCGUUGGCAAUUUUCAUGCUGCAGAGCAGCUAUUUGACAAGAUGCAUGCUUAUGGGCAAUCUCCAAACGUCCAAAGUUACGCCACUAUGUUAGAUGGCUUGUGUAAAGCAAAACAAGUAGACAAGGCAAUUGCGAUGUUCCAGCAAAUGGAGAAUCAUAAGUUGGAGCCUGACAUUGUGAUUUACAAUAUCCUCAUCAAUGGUCUAUGCAAUGCAGGGAAGCUCGAACCUGCAAGAGAACUUUUCAAAGGUUUGUCUGCAAAAAAGGUGGAACCUGAUGUUGUCGCUUUCAACACAUUGAUUAAUGGAUUGUGUAAUGAAGGUCAUAUAAACGAAGCCUUCACAUUGUUUAAUGAGAUGGAAGGAAGGGGAUGUGUCCCGAAUUCAGGCACAUACAAUGUGUUGGUUAGAGGAUUUCUUAGAAAUGGCGACAAGUUUAGUGUGGAGCAGUUGCUACGAGAAAUGAAUCAGAAAGGUCUCGCUGCAGAUGCAUCAACAGCCGAACUCUUGCUUGAUCUAUUAUCAAAUGAUGCGUCGAUUCUACAACUAGUACAUAAUAUUUAGUGAAUCUGGAUGACAUUUUUUGGGAGCAUUACUCGUUUCUUGCUUUUCAGGUAGAUGCUGAGAAGCAGGAGCUAUAAUUACUAUCAAAGCCCACCAGUUAAUCCAGGCAUUGUGAGAUUGAAACACGAAGGAAGAACUGUCCAAAACUGACAAGAUUCACUUCUUAUUGGUACUACUGAUCUGAAGACGCUUCAUUGGACUGGAUGGAUUGUCCGGUAAAACAGCAUUUAGUUGCGGUUCUAGCUAAUUUGAUGUUGUUACAGGAAUGUCCCUGAUGACACGUUUCCCUGCCUCUCCGCUCGGUGGCCUUCUGAAGGUUUAAGUUGUAACUGCAUCUUGGGAGCUCGACCAUUGAACAACUCCGAAAUCUUGUUUAUGUAUUACUGGUCCCUAUUUUUCGAUCUUUUGCCGAGGGUUCUGUCUAUUAUACCGAAUCCGUUGCCAAUGUCACACUCCUGUUGCUUAUAGGCCAAAAAGUACAUCGAUGUUAUCCUUGAACAAUAUUUCACUUAAUUACCUCAAGUCACUCUCUUCUUUCUGUGACCAA